AUGAAAAGGCCGGAGUUUAGCUUAGAUUCGUUAAAAAAGAACCGAAAAAAAAAUAAAAAUAAUUCAAAUUACGAAAAUUUUAGUGCUCAUCAUUUUUUAAAAAUACCAAUUUUUAUUAUUUUAAUAAUAGCAUUUGGUUUAAAUGCUUUUAUAUAUUUAUUAAUUCGUUUUUUUAUUUAUAUUUUUGAGAAUACUUCAUUUUUUAUUGUAACAACAUGUAUAGAUUUGCGUCGAUAUAUCUCAAAUAAAAAAAGAAAAAUUUAUGAAAUAUUUGGAAAAGUAAGAAAAUUAAAUUAUUCAGAUCAAAAUGAAAUAAAUAAUGAUAAUGAAGAAGUUAACACAGAUUUUGAAAGUGUUUUAAAAAUUGAAAACUUAAUGAAAAAAUGUAAUAAUUAUUCUGAUUAUAUAAAAUAUGCUUAUCAAAUGGAUGUUCUAACUGGAAAAUUUAUUCAUAUAAAUGAAAAUGAUGAUUAUAUAAAUACAUAUGAUGUAAAUUUAUUAAAAAAAACAUCAAAAAGUAUAGAAACUAAUUUAUUAAAUAAUAAUAUAUUGUUACUUUUAGAAGAUAUAAAAAUAGCAACAUCUCCAAGAAUAAAAGCUAUAUUUCAAGAAAAAUAUUAUUGUAAAACAUAUUCAACACCUCAUAUUAUUAUAACUACUUUUGUAAAUAAUGUUAUGGAUGGAUUAAAUUAUAUAGAAAAUUAUGUAAAAGAACAUAAAGAACAAAAUGAAAAUUAUUUAUAUUCUGAUGAAUAUUUAAUAAUUAAAAACAUUUUUAAAGACAUUUUUAGACAAUGGGGUAAUACUGCUUUAUUCUUAAGUGGCGGGGCAAUUUUAGGACUCCAUCAUUUUGGGGUUUUGGAAGUUUUUUUAAAAUCAUCAAUAAAUAUCGAUUAUUUUAAUGAGCAUACUAAUGCGGGUUUUAAAAGUGGAAAAGGGGAAGAAAAAAGGGAAGAAAAAGGGGAAAAAAUUGACGAAAUGGACGACAAAGCAAACACUGCUCUAUAUAGAGAUGCCUGCGAUUUGAAUGAAAUUGAUAAAAAAAAAAAAAAAAAAAAAAAAAAAAUAAACACAAAUAAAUUUUUAAAAAUCAAAAAUUUCCUUUUAAACAAUUUAAACUGUGAAGAUCAAGAAGUGGAUCAUUUUGAUUACGAUUCAUGCAAUUGUGAUGAUUCAGAUAAUAGUGUAUCAAGCAAUAAUGGAAAAUAUGAAUUACCAAAUAAGCAUGGAAACAGUUUUAUAAGCUCGGGGAGCUAUACAGAAAAGUGUGGAAUACAUGAUAAAAAUGAUUAUAGGUAUGUUAAAAGCCAAAGUGAAAUAAAUAUUAAGCAAGAAAGUGGCGCACAUGCCAAAUCCAGGCGAAGUAAAAAUGGACAAAGUGGCCAAAGUGGUGGAAAUGGCCAAAAUGACAAGUCGAAGCGACACAUAAUUGACAAAAACAGCUUUAUAGAUGACAAUGAUAAUAAUAUAUUGCCACAAAUAAUAUGUGGAACAUCCGCUGGCAGUAUAAUUGCUGCAUGGAUUUGCUCAAGAACAAAUAAAGAGCUACUCGAAGAAUUUAACAUCGAAUUUAUUUAUAAAAUUGUUUCAUGUUUUUCAUCAGAAAAAUUAUUUUAUUCAUUUUUUAAUAUUUUUAAAAAAGGUAAUUUUUAUGAUAUAGAUAAAAUAAUAAAAUUAGUAUAUGGUUUAUAUGGUGAUAUGACAUUUUUAGAAGCUUUUAUGAAAACCAAUUUAGUAUUAAAUAUUACUGUAACUAGAGCUGAAUCAGGUAAUGAUAUUUUUACAUGUGAUGAAGAUGGCUGUUUAGUAUUAAAUUAUAUGAACUCACCAAAUGUUUUGAUUUAUACUGCCGUUUUAGCUAGCUGCUCUUUUCCAUAUUUAUUACAACCAUUUAAAUUAUUAGAAAAAAAAUAUAUUAAAGAAAAUGUAUAUAAAUUUAUAUCAAUUAAACAAGUAUAUAAUUUAAAAUAUAUAUUAAAUAGUAAUAGUGCAUAUAAUAAAAAAAUAUCAAUAAAGGGAAGUCAAGAAAGCCAUGAUAUUAUGGGAAGUAACAAAUCGGAUAAUGAUAUUGAUCUUAUAAAUAGUACUGAAAAUGUGGAAGACGAUAAAAUAGAUACAUAUCAUAAUAAAGAUAAUAAAAAUUUAGAAAAUAUGAUUAAUAAAAAUGAUCAAGAUUGUUAUAAUAAUUUAUAUUAUAAAGAAAAUGCAAAUGCCAAUAUAAAAUUGGAUGAUGAGAAUCUCUUAAUGUUUGACAAUACAUAUAUGAAAAAUAAAGAAAAUUCAGAUUUAAAAAAAAAAAAUAUUAAAAAAAGGAAUAUAAAAAAAAGGAAUUCUUUAGAAAAUAACCAAGACAAUAUUGGAACUUCUGUUUUUAAUUCUAUUACAGAAAAAAGUAAAUUAUCAGAUUAUCAAAAGGAAUACGAAUCAGACAUAAAUUCUGAACAAAUAAAAAAUGAUAAUAAAUUAUCAAAUUCUCAAAUUAAAGAAACUUUAAGUUUUAAAUUUAACAAUAUUCGUAACAAAAUGAUAAUGUUAAAAUCAGGGAGUUUAAAUAUAAAUAAAGAUGAAAAAAAUGAAAACUUAAAAAAAUGCAAUAGUGAAUUAAUAGAUUUGAAUGAAUAUAAAAAUAUCGAUUUAUUAAAUGAAGAAUAUACAAUAAUAAAUAGUGUGCAAUUUAAAAAUAUGUAUUUUCAUGAUGGCUCAUUAAAAAGUGAUAUUCCAGCUAGAAAUCUAAAUCAAAUAUUGUCAGUUAAAUAUAAAAUUGUAUCACAAGUAAACCCUCAUAUUUUUCCUUUUACUGGAAUUAGAGUACAUGGGGAAGCUGGAAAACCCGUUAAAUGGCGAGGUAGUUCUGGGCGAUGGCGAGCUGGAUUUUUAAUGUCAUCUAUGGAAAUAUUAUUUAAGGAAAAUGUUAGAUAUAUUCUUAGGCUAAUGGCUUUGUUAGACAUAUCCCCAACAAUUAGGGGUUUGAAUGCGGGCUCUAUAGCAAUGCAGAGGUACCAUGGCGAUAUAACCUUACACCCCAACCGGCUGUUUUUGAAACAUUUUAAAUUGAUAAGUGUGUCGAGCUAUGAUGAUGUAGAGUGGUAUAUACAGGAAGGAAGACAAAUGACUUUUCAAAAAUUACCAUUAAUUAUGAACAGAAUGAAAAUUGAAAAGAAAUUGAUAAAAGUGAAAAAAUGUUUUUUUUAA